AUGUCAGACGAUGAGUGUCGCUCUCCCAUUGGCCUGGACUGUUGCAGCUGCUGCCUGGACCUAGCCAACGGUUGUGAUGACUCGGUGUCUCAGGGCCUCAGCACGACACCGGUGAGCCCUACCAGCCCUAGUGUCAGUCACUUUCGUCAGCUCCGCAACCAGCUGGUCUACCAAAACCUCAACACAGACAAGCUGAAUAACAUCAUGCGGCAGGACUCACUUGAAUCGGUUGUAAGGGACCCCUGCUUCCUGCUCAACGAGGGAAUCUGCAACAGCAACAUAGACCAGACCAUGCUGUCUAUCUUACUCUUCUUUCACAGUGCCUCUGGUGCUAGCGUGGUGGCCAUUGACAACAAGAUAGAGCAGGCAAUGGACCUGGUCAAGAACCACCUAAUGUAUGCGGUGCGGGAGGAGGUGGAAAUUCUCAAGGAGCAGAUCAAAGAGCUGGCGGAAAAAAACGACCAGUUGGAGAGGGAAAACUACCUGCUGAAGAACCUGGCAAGUCCGGAACAGCUAGAGAAGUUCCAGUCUCGAAUCCCCACAGAUGUUCUGCUCCCACUGGACAAUCAGAGCGUCCAGAUGAUGUCAGAGCAGCAGACCUGCAGUCGCAAUACAGGCUCUGCUGUGUAA